UCUAGGUAUUUUCCCCUUUGGGGAAAAAGAAACUCACAGCUUCCCGGAUUCUGGCCUUUCCCCAGCAGGCCCAGCCCCCCACCCCCUCGCUGCGCCCUCUCCACGAGGGAUCCGCCCUCCCCGCGGGCAGAUAGCCCCGGGGUCGCAGGCGCUACAGCUGUGCAGGAUGGCGGCUUCCGCCGGAGGGACCCAGGCACCUACGGACCAGGUGCCAGUGCCCCAAGGGGAAGCACUCACCCUGGAACCCUGCUCGGACAGCAGAGCUGGUCGCCUCUCAUUCUGCACGAAGGUGUGCUACGGCAUUGGCGGGGUCCCCAACCAAGUGGCCUCCAGUGCCACAGCCUUUUACCUGCAGCUGUUCCUGCUAGAUGUGGCACAGAUCCCCGCCGCCCAGGUGUCACUUGUGCUGUUUGGAGGGAAGGUGUCCGGGGCAGCUGCUGACCCGGUGGCUGGGUUCCUCAUCAACAGAAGCAGGAGGACAGGGUCUGGACGACUCAUGCCCUGGGUGCUGGGCUGCACGCCCUUCGUCGCCGUGGCGUACUUCUUCUCGUGGUUCCUGCCCCCCUUCACCAGCCUUCGAGGCCUUUGGUACAUGACCUUCUACUGCCUGUUCCAGGCUCUGGCCACGUUCUUACAGGUGCCCUACACAGCGCUCACCAUGCUCCUGACCCCCAGCCCCAGGGAGCGGGACUCGGCCACCGCAUACCGGAUAACCAUGGAGAUGGCGGGGACGCUGAUGGGAGCCGCAGUCCACGGACUGAUCGUGUCCGGCGCCCACAGUCCCCACCGGUGCGAGGACAUGGACCUCGAGCUCCCGGACCCCGUUGCCGUCUCCCCCGGUGCAGUGAAAGGAGAAGGGAAACGCGCAGCAACACGGGUACCCUCAAAGCGGGUCCCUCUUCACCCACUGGGGCAUGCAUCUACUUCAGCCAUCAAGGCUUGUCUCUACUCCGUUGCAGCCGCUGCGGUUGCCGUGACUUACCCUGUGUGCAUUGGUUUCCUCCACUUGGGGGUGAAGGAGCAACCAGACCCCUCCGCCACAGCCUCCAGCCAGGGCAUGAGCUUCCUGGCUGGGCUGGGCCUCACCGUCCGGCACCCGCCCUACCUGAAGCUGGUGAUCUCCUUCCUGUUCAUCUCAGCAGCCGUUCAGGUGGAGCAGAGCUACCUGGUCCUGUUCUGUACACACGCCUCCCGGCUGCAUGACCACAUCCAGAGCCUGGUGCUAACCAUCCUGGUCUCGGCUGUACUGAGCACCCCGCUGUGGGAGUGGGUUCUACAGCGAUUUGGGAAGAGGACGUCGGCCUUCGGGAUCUGUGUGAUGGUGCCUUUUGCAAUCCUGUUGGCUGUUGUGCCCACAGCCCCUGUGGCAUACGUCGUGGCCUUCGUGUCUGGCGUGAGCAUCGCGGUGUCCCUGCUGCUGCCCUGGUCCAUGCUCCCAGACGUGGUGGACGACUUCCAGCUGCAGCACCAGCACGGCCCAGGCAUGGAGACCAUCUUCUACUCCUCCUACGUCUUCUUCACCAAGCUGUCAGGCGCUGGGGCCCUGGGCAUCUCCACGCUCAGUCUGGAGUUUGCAGGGUACGAGGCAGGAGCCUGCAAGCAGACAGAGCAGGUGGUGGUGACCCUCAAGGUCCUCAUCGGCGCCGUGCCCACCUGCAUGAUCCUCACCGGUCUUUGCAUCCUCAUGGUCAGCCCCACUCCAAAGGUGCCACGCCAGGACACCUCCCGCCGGCUGAGCCUCCGGAGGAGGACCAGUUACAGCCUGGCGUGAAGCUCAAGACGUCCGUGAGCCAGACAAGUAGAAGCCAGCGUCCUCUGGGUUCGAGCCGCCCCUUUUUCUCAGCCAUUUGUAACCCCUACUCCGCAGCCUACACAGGACCUCUUCCCUGGGACAUGGGGUCUCCAGUGACCUCUCCAGAAGAGACUGGCCUGGAUUCCACCUCUCAUUUCUCGCCCAUUGACCACAGACCACUUCAGAUAAACCUGUGCCCCGACCACCCAGCUCCAGACCACGUCUGACCUGGAGGGCAUCCCAAUAGCAGCCUCCCUGAAGGAAGGAAGGCCCCGCCGGCCUGGCCUGCAGACCCCCGUUGGGAGUGCCUGAUGCCACAACCUCUGGUUCCCCCGAUGCUCCAGUGGACAUGUGACAGGAGUGACAGACACCACAUGAAUGAGCAGAGUGGGGACAGAUGGACAUGCCGGGGAUGUUCAGUUAGGAGAGACACAGGCACGCGGCGAGGCCAGCAGACCCCGGGGAGCAGCGAUGGGGGCAGCGGUGGGGGUGAGCAGGCUGAGCGCCUCCCUGUGUUCAGAUGGGUUGAUGAUGACACAGUCUCUAGAGGUGGGCAGACUGAUAUCGAGCCACCAAAGAUGAAUCAUUUUUAUAAACAGUUAUUUUUGUGGAACUAUAUUUCUGAACUUUUAUCUUAUGAAAAGUAUAGGAACCACAGCCUUCUAGACGCCAUAUCUUCAGGGAAGAAAGAUCCAUUGAGGUUUACAUUUUUUUCAAAACAAAACAUUUUUCUCAAUCCUGGCUGGUGUGGCUCACUGGAUUGAGUGCUGGCCUGUGGACCAAAAAGUUGCUGGUUCGAUUCUCAGUCAGGGCACAUGCCUGGGUUGCAGGCCAGGUCCCCACCUGGACUUGAGGGGGAGACAGCCAGUCAAUGUUUCUCUUGCACAUCAAUGUUUCCCUCUUUUUCUCUCCCUCCACUCUCAAAAUAAAUAACAUAG